AUGGAGAAUCUGUUGCAGGGAGACGACGUAAUAGUGAAUAUAGACAACGGAGCCCUGAGGGGCGUGGUGGCCACAUCAUUGAACGGCGUUCUCUACAACAAGUUCCUGGGAAUACCGUACGCCACACCGCCUCUGGGAGAUCUCCGAUUCCGUGCCCCACAGCCGGCAGCCUCCUGGUCCGAGGUUCGAGACGCGCUGUCCUUCGCGGAUGCUUGCGCUCAGCCCCUCUUUUUCGGCCUGAUACCUAUCACUACCGGCUCCGAAGACUGUCUCUACCUCAACGUCUACGCGCCGGCUGCAGAGAGUGGUCCUUACCCCGUCAUGGUCUACAUCCACGGUGGAGCAUUCAAGGGUGGUAGUUCUUCGAGUUCAACUCCACACAGCUUCGUGGAGAAGGGCGUUGUGCUAGUCACAAUCGCCUACCGUCUCGGAGCCCUUGGUUUCCUGAGCCUGUUGAACGACGACAUCCCGGGCAAUGCGGGUUUCAAGGACCAGGUGUUGGCGCUACAGUGGGUGCAGAGGAACAUCGCAGCCUUCGGCGGAGAUCCUAGCACCGUUGUCAUAUUUGGGGAAAGUGCGGGUGGCGGCUCCACGUCACAUCUCUUCCUCUCGCCGGCCACCAAGGGACUCUUCAGUGGAGUGAGCAUGGAAAGUGGGGUAGCAACGACACCCUGGGCGCUGACAGACAAACCCCGCGAGAGGGCGUACCGGAUGGCGGAGGCGCUCGGCUUCCAGGCGCGGGGCGAUAACCACACUGACGACGACGACGCGCGGCUGGCUGCCUUCCUUCGCGCCGCCAACUACACAGACCUCACCGAUGACGACUCUAUCGCACUCACGGAUUUCGAGAAACGCUGCCCACUGCCGCUGGCAUUCCUGCCCGUCGUGGAACCGCCGUCGGACUCAGCGGUGAUCGUCGAGCCUCCAGCGGACGUUCUCGAGGCAGGCAGCUACAACCAGGUGCCCAUCAUGCUGGGCGUCACUUCCGGAGAAGGGGCCGUCAUACUCAUGUUGUCCAAUCUGCUAACACAAGCGGGGAUCGCCGACAUGAAGGAGAACUUCACGGCGCUGGUUGGCUCCCAGCUGCCGCUCCCCACGGAGGAACAGCGGACCCGUGCAGCGGAACAACUGGAGCAAUUCUACUUUGGGGACGAGGGCUUCUCUAUGGACCAGAUGCAAGCUGUUAUUGAUGUAAGCAUACGGCAUUCGCAGCUCCACUGUGGCAGGGAAACACUGGGAUAG